AUGGACAAUAAUCAGAGGUCGGUGCCGAGUUCGCCGGCACCAGGUCACGGGUCUUCUGGAUAUUUUUCUCAACAGGAAAGUACCCAUCACGAUGAGCGAACAACACCUCCAACAGCUUUUCAUUUUCCGGCAUCACAUCAAGGACAGCCGGCACCUGUAAUGGGCCAACCACCUGGCUACCCAAUGCAGGCGCAUGUUCUUGUCGAUCCGGUCACAGGACAACAUUACAUUGUUCCACAGUACUACCCACCUCCAAUGUAUCCAUAUCCAUCAGCACCACCUCCACAUCCAAAUGCUCCAAUGUAUUAUCCAUAUGGUCAUCAUGCACCAUCUCAUGCUCCGAUGCCUUCACAGAAAAUUCUACCGCCGCCUACUACUUCGGCUCCGAGUAAUUCUGGCAACAAUUCUAUUAACUAUAUGGGAGUUCAAAUGUACAAUAAUCCAGUUCAAAGUCACGAGGAAAAAGAAGGUUCAGAAGAUGCAAUGUCAACAACUUCAAAUAUAUCCAGAAGUUCUUUAACACUUAUGCAAAAUCAGAAAGUACCACCCACGCAACAUCAACAACAAUUUGGACGAGAGAAUAGUCGAGAAUACAUGUAUUUACAUCGAUCCCCAACUACAAAUCCUGCUCCACCAUCACCCUUAAUGCGUCCCAAGCUGUUUCAUCAACGAUUAGAAACUGUUACCGAUUCACGUGGCGGAACACAAUCGGAUUUCGAAGGAAAAACGCCAACGAUGCGACAGAAAUCAGUUGAUCAUCAACCAUCAUCGGCGUCAGAUCAUGAAUCUGGAAAACGAUUCUCGAGAACAUCGUUCGGAACGCCAGCAGCAGCUGCUUCAAUUGAAGAAAUUGUGAAAACUGUCAACCCACCUGCAAAAUCAGUCCGAAUGGAAAUUAAUUUUGCCGAUGUAUUGUCAAUGCCAAGUGAACCCAAACCAGCAAAGAAGUCCAAUGCAACAGCAUUCACGGUAAAUUUGGGAGAGGAGAAAGAAGUAUCUUUACAGGAAGCCGCACGGACUCUAGCUGAGAAUCGUCGUAAAGUAAAGCUUGCAAAAAGUGCAUCUCAUGACCGCACCCCUUCAACCCCGGAUGCCAUUGCAGCGAGUAAAACCAACAAAAAUUACUUGCUUGAAAGAUUGUUGACUGGAAAAACUGCAAUUGAUAAUAGCAAUGAAGAAGAAUACGUAGAAGGAGAAAUAGUAGAGACACCAGAAGAACAAUUUGAUGCUCGAUCGGAGGCUCUCACUUUUGUUAUUGACACAUCAAAACGAAACAACGGUGGUGGUUAUGGAGGACAAGCACGUUUUCAACAGCAACGAGUUGUACAGUACUCAGAUGAUGAUGAUUCUGAUAGUGAUAGCGAAUUUAUGGAUCAGUAUGCCAAUUCUCAAUCGCCAAGACCCUCUCAACCACUUCAAACAAUUGCACCACCACCAUCACAAUCAUCUAAUAUUCCACCACCGUCUCUCCCUUCUCCCCGUCCUUCCGCCCUUCCAGCUCCUGGAUUUUCUCGCCAAAUUUCAUCGGCAACUACACUGACGGCCCAAGCUCCUCCUCCUCAAGCACUGACGUCUCCACGAACUCCAUCGACCUCCGCCUCUCCACGAACAUCAUCUCGAUUCGAUCGAUCUGGUGGUGGAGGUUCUGACUUUUUGCAAGAACUCGCAAAAUUGAGAAUGAUGGCCGGGCUUCCGGCUGCUGGUCCAACUGGAAGUGAAGCUGAACAGAAGGCAAUGAUGAUGGCUCAACAACGACCAACGACGACGUUCAGAAGAAGUGAAGUAAGCUCAUCCGCACGAGCUCCAACAGUUUCUUCGUCGCAAAAAAUGGUUGGACUUGGAGAAAGAGGAGGAUCAAGAGCAUCGUUUACUGGGAAAUCGAAGGAGACUAAUACUACACCAACACCAACACGUCGAAGCGAGAAUCGUAGAUCCCUGACCGGAAACUCAUCUCCACAACUUUCAAAUCUCAAUCGUCCUCCAUUCAAACCUGGAACACAACGUGGAAUUAUGAUAGGACAAAGUGAGCAACAAAGGGAACAAGAGAUGACUGCAUGGCUUAGACGAAAAGAUUAUAAUCCGAUGAAGGCUGCGGCAGCUGCAAAAAAGCCUGAAAUGACAAGAGAACAACAAUUCACAUCUCGUCGUUCAAUGACUUUCCAUAAUACAAAUGAAGCACAAUCACCAUUUGGAAGAGGACCUUCUGGAAUAUUACCAUCUCGACCAGCUCCACGUAAUAGAUCUCAAGAGCCACGAGAUAUUAACAAUGAAAAGUAUCGAUCAGUACAAAAAGAUCAACGAUUGAAGCGUACAGUUGAUAUGCUAUCUCAAAAAUGCAAGAAGAGCAUAGAGCUUAUUAGAAUUCAAAACAAAGGAUGUUUAUCAGUUUCUGUAGAAGAUCUUUUAUCUGCAGCUGCUGAAGAACCUCGACUCAAUGAGACACUCGAUGAUCAGCUCGACAGAUUGUCGGAUGCUUUCGAUGCAGUACAAAGAUAUUUGGAGCAAUAUUCGCUUGACGGAUACAACUCACCAACUUCAGAAGAUCGAUAUUUUGACGAUGAUGUUCUAGAUUCAAAAUCGACAUUUUCUGGUGUGAGCACUCAUCAAGAACGAAGCAAUGUGCCAUCAACGGAGUCGUUGACCAGUUCCUACCGAAAGAAAAUUCUUGAUUCUUAAUUGGACAUUACGCAUUUUAAUAGGCUAUUUACUGCAUUGUUACAUUUCAAUUCAAAUCCCCUCCUUUUCCUCACAAAUUAUAAGUCCUUCUCACCUGUAAUAAUUUCGAGUCAAUUCGCUUUCACGUUUAGCCUUCAAUUUUUCUCGCAACUAAAUCAAAUCUAUGUCUUAUUUCCCGGAGUUUCUUCAUUUUCCUUUUUAAUUUUGUAUUUAUCACUUUCAUUUUCCUAAAUUGUCUUCAUUCACGGCUCACUACUGGCACUUC